AUGUCUUCUGGUUCGGGUGGCUACGCCGUGUCCCGGAGUCACGGCGGUGAUAGGUUUUAUAACCCACCGAUGCGGCGGCAGCAGCAGCAGCAGCAGCAGACGGCGGUGUUGCAGCAGCAGCAGCAGCAACAGCAGUUGGUUCAGCUGCAGAGGGCCUCCAAGUCUGAUUCCUCCGCCGUGACUGCGGCAGCAGGGGGAACCUCGGUGGAAGCUGGGAGCCGGACUGAUUCUGAUGAUUCUGUGGCGGCAUUAUCCAGACCUUCGUCUGUUCGCUCUCCUUCACCUCCGAUGCCACCGCCACCGCGUCCGGAGACCAACUUGACUAACUUGGAUCGGUUUAUGCUGGCGGUCACCCCAGUUGUUAAUGCUUCUGAGGGGCAGGUAAAUGUGAGGAGACGGAGGUCUAGGGAUCCCAAGUUGCAACCUUUUUAUUGCCUUGGGGAUCUGUGGGAGGGUUUUUAUGAAUGGAGUGUGUAUGGAGUUGGAGUUCCGUUGUUGUUGAAUGGAGGAGAGCAUGUUAAACAAUAUUAUGUCCCGUUCCUGUCUGGUAUACAGCUUUACAUAGACCCGUCAAAGCUACGCCUUAGGACUGGUGAGGAGAGCGACGCUGAGUCAUUAAGGGAAACUAGUAGUGGUGGGAGCAGUGACUGUGAACCAGAUAAGAGAUCCAAAUUUAAUAAAGAGGGGUUGCGGAAUCAGCAGAACACAACCAACUUGGACCCGCAGCGACUUAACAGGCUGUCAUUAAAAGCGAACUCUGUUAAGAGUUCGUCUGGUGAUGAAGCUGAUAUUUCUAGUUCACCUGGUUUACUCUUGUUUGAAUUCAUGGAGCAGGAGCAGCCACAUUUUCGCAAACCAUUAAUUGAUAAGAUUGCAAUGCUUGCAUCACAAAAACCCGAACUGAGAAAGUACAGGAGCUGCGAUCUACUGCCUUCGAGUUGGAUUUCUGUAGCUUGGUACCCAAUAUAUAGAAUACCCGUGGGUCCAACGCUAAGGGAUCUGGAUGUAUCUUUUUUAACCUUUCAUUAUUUGUCAACACAAACUGGAGGUCUUAGCCAAUUGAACCCCGUUGAUGUAAAUGCAAGAAAAUUAUACCCUUCUACUGAUUGCUCGUCAGGCAUCUCAUUGCCCGUUUUUGGCAUGGCUUCGUACAAAUUAAAAAGUUCUCUUCUGAAUCCCGUUGAACCUCAGGAAAUCGAACAAGAGAAUUCUCUCGUGCAAGCAGCUGGGGAAUGGCUUCAGCGGUUGCAGGUUACUCUUCCCGAUUUCCAGUUUUUCCGCGCUCAUGCUCAGCGAAGAGUAUGA